CUGCACUAUCGUGACGCCCAUUGGCUGUCGUGUCGCCGGUAGGGCGUGGCUACGGGAGCCGGGCGGGCACAUUUCGAACCGUGGCUGGGGCGGCGGCGGCGGCGGUGGCGAAGGAUGCACCCAGGAGGCUUGGUGGCGGCGGGGACGCCCCGGCAGCCCUCGAAACGGAGGACCCCUGUGUCCCAGCCAGGCAUGGCUGACCCCCACCAGCUUUUUGAUGACACGAGUUCAACCCAGAGCCGGGGCUACGGGGCCCAGCGGGGACCCAGCAGCCUGGGCUACCCUGCAGCCUCCGCCUCGCCCCAGGCAGCCUUCCUGGCAGAUCCUGUGUCCAACAUGGCUAUGGCCUACGGGAGCAGCCUAGCCGCACAGGGCAAGGAGCUGGUGGAUAAGAACAUCGACCGCUUCAUCCCUGUCACGAAGCUCAAAUAUUACUUCGCUGUGGACACCAUGUAUGUGGGCAAAAAGCUGGGCCUGCUCUUCUUCCCCUACCUGCACCAGGACUGGGAGGUGCAGUACCAGCAGGACACACCAGUGGCCCCCCGCUUUGACGUCAAUGCUCCUGACCUCUACAUCCCAGCCAUGGCUUUCAUCACCUACAUCUUGGUGGCUGGCCUGGCGCUGGGGACCCAGGAUAGGUUCUCCCCAGACCUCCUGGGGCUCCAAGCAAGCUCAGCGUUGGCCUGGCUGACACUGGAGGUGCUGGCCAUCCUGCUCAGCCUCUACCUUGUCACUGUCAACACCGACCUCACCACUAUCGACCUGGUGGCCUUCUUGGGCUACAAAUAUGUUGGGAUGAUUGGCGGGGUCCUCAUGGGCCUGCUCUUUGGGAAGAUUGGCUACUACUUGGUGCUGGGCUGGUGCUGUGUGUCUAUCUUUGUAUUCAUGAUCCGGACCCUUCGGCUGAAGAUCCUGGCAGAUGCGGCGGCCGAAGGCAUCCCGGUGCGCGGGGCGCGGAACCAGCUGCGCAUGUACCUGACCAUGGCGGUGGCGGCAGCGCAGCCCCUGCUCAUGUACUGGCUCACCUUCCACCUGGUGCGGUGAGGGUGGCCCCGCGACGCCUCCAGCUGCUGCUUCUGGCGGCCACCGAGCUGCAGCCGCUCAUCUCCCGGCCCCUUGCCGGCCACAGGGUCCGCCCCGCCUCCCGAGACCCUCCCUCCCCUUCUCGCUGAGGUGCUGAGAUCUCCAACUGCACAGGCCGCCCCCCACCCCACCCCGCAGUGCGGCCACUGUUUAAGAAACAAUAAACCGUGAGGGGCACGGCG